CUUCUCUAACAUCAAUAUUCGUUUCUUCUGCGAAAAUUCCAAUUCCUCAGAUCACAGAUUUUCGCCUCAUCUAUAUAUCAAGCAAUAAACGCCUUAAGUUCGCUCUGAUUUUUUUUUGGCAGAUUCGAUUAAAAUUAUCUUGGACUGUCUCUAGGUUUCCGAUUUUCGUUUCUGUUUGCUAGAUUUGAUUCCAUGAAGAAGGUGCUUCAUCGAGGCUUUAAGCCAGCUAAAUGCAAAACAGCUUUGCAAAUGGCGAAUUCACGCCUCAAGAUACUCAAGAACAAAAAAGAGAUCCAGAUUAAACAGCUGAGAAGAGAGUUAGCUCAAUUACUCGAAGCUGGAAAUACACCUACAGCUAGAAUUCGGGUGGAACAUGUUGUAAGGGAAGAGAAGACAGUGGCUGCUUAUGAGCUCAUUGGAAUCUAUUGCGAACUUCUUGUUGUUCGUUUGGGUGUUAUCGAAUCACAGAAAAACUGCCCCAUUGAUCUGAAAGAAGCCGUCGCGAGUGUCUUAUUUGCUUCCCAGAGGUUGUCAUCAGAUGUCCCGGAGCUCUCGGAAAUCGUUAAGCAAUUCACAACCAAGUAUGGGAAGGAUUUUGCUACUUCUGCUAUUGAGUUGCGUCCAGAUUCUGGUGUGAGUCGCCUGUUGGUUGAGAAAUUGUCGGCCAAAGCCCCGGAUGGUCCAACAAAGGUCAAGAUUUUGGUGGAAAUAGCUGCGGAGCAUAAUGUCGUAUGGGAGGCGAAAUCUUUUGUUGAACCGGAUCCAAGAGACCAGUUGUUGAGUGGAACAAGCUCGUUUCAGUCAGCGAGUAGUGUAAACGUGGAUUCCUCUAGAAUCCCAAACAAGGAACAACCUCCAAACGUCCAAGCUCCAGCUACUGUCAAUGUUCAACGUGGAUCAAGUGAAAUACAUCAUUCAUCAGAGAACUCUUAUUAUGCAAGUGAUGGAAGAUCUUCAAGCCGUAGCAACAAUGUUACUUGUGGGAACGAUGAUGACUAUCAUCAUCCAAAUGCAAGACCUUCUCGGUCUACGACUGAUGAAGGGGAACGUAGAAAUCCAAAUCAUGGCGAUGAAAAUUCAUCUUCAAGAAGUAAGCAUAGGUGGGAAACAGAAUUUUAUGAUUCUACAGAGGCUGCACGUGCGGCUGCUGAAGCUGCUGAAAGAGCAAGUUUUGCUGCUAGAGCAGCUGCUGAGCUUUCCAGCAAAGAAAGGAUGACGAGGCAGAAUUCAUCAGAGUCGCAUGUAUCCUCUGCAUCGGUUAAUUUCAGAAACGAGCCUUCACAUAGACGUAACAGAUCGAAUGUACAAAGCGAAAGCUUUUCUGAAGAGCAUUUUUCUCCUAGAGGAAAUGUUAGGAAGCAAUAUGAAGAUAUGGAUAGAACCCGACAAGAUAGAUAUGGUAGGGCAAAGGAAUCUGAGAUUCCUCCUUUACAUCAGCAAUCAGAAAGACAUUCCCUGGAGAACUUGAGAAAGAGCGGUUCCUUUGGUCAAACAGGUAGAGAGAAGCAGCCAAGCGAGCACGAGACAGAUUUCAAUGUUGGUUACUCGGAAGAUGCUCACUUGAGGAAGCAGUCAAGCAGGGCUUCAUCGCAUUCACAUUCAAGCAAUUAUUCUGAUGAGAAUGUUCUUGGCUCAGAUUAUACGAAGUCUCCGAGCCAUGUGGACGAAAACAUUUUUGCCACUGAAUAUGAUCACCAAUCUCAGAAGAGCUUUCAAAAUAUAGAUUCCCAUGAUCAUGGACAUCAUGAUGCUUCUGCUGAUACUUUUGAUGAUUAUAACUCCUUUUCCGACAAACCUACGUUCGACGCAGAAGAUGAAUAUGAUCAUGGCGUGGGAUUUUCAUUGCUUGGCAGCAAAACACCUACACCAUCUGCUUCCUGGAGCGCCAAAGGAGACCAUAGUAAGUCUCAUGGAAAUCACAGCUCAAGCUCACAAGUGAGCCCAUGUUCUCCACUAUUUGAUGAUGUCUCUACAAGUCCUCCGGCUUCAUACCAUGAGCCCGACCCACAUGCCAAGUUUGACAGUUAUGGUCCAGAUUCAGAAAGCGAUGACGAUCAGCCUAGACACAGAGGUAAAGUUUCUGGAGGUUUAGACGAAAGGGUGAAUCUGACAUCUGAUCGAUCUCAGAAGUUUCAAGUCUCUAAUCCUGUGGGACGUGGAUUCUUCCCUUUAGACACAAAUGAACACGAAGAUGAUUCAAGGUCACGGGAAGAAUCAGAUUCUGAGGCAGAUGAUCAGACUGGUCUGAAUUUUAGACCUCUGAUGGGUGGAUUUAGGAACAGAAAGACACUCCCACCAUACAGAAUGGGUCUGGCAAGAAACGAGGCAUCGUCCAAGUCUGAAAAGGAACAUAAUGAAACAGACGAUGUUAUGUCUACUUUUAGCAAUAACAGAAAAGAUAUCUACACUAAGAAAGCAAGCAACAACGAGAGGACAUCAAGCACUACGCCGCCACAUCCAUCUUCUAGUGAUGACGACGACUCAGAGGUCCAACUUCGAGGAAGAACAGAAACAAGACCCCAAGCCUCAUAUCGCCAUUCCCAAGUCAGCCAUGAUGACUCAGAGGAAGAACUUCCAAAACGAGCUUCUUUCAGAAGUCAAGUGAGAACAGAUAAGCCUACCACGGGGAUGAGAGAUUACAAUAGAGCAAACUUGAAGACCCCAGCUCCAACCUCGCAUGAAGAUGAGGAAGAAGUCGGAAGAUACGCUGCACAAGUCAAUGCCAAGCCGACUAAAACAGCCGGGAUCUCUCUAAGGACUAAGGGCCAAGGGAAAGCUCAUGAGAAGCGCUCAUUCCCAGUGACAACAACGAAAACCGAUAAAGAGUCUCAUGAUCAGACCACUCCAAAGCACAAGACAGUAACUUCAAGCCCUGUUCCACAAACUGUAAAAUCCCCUGAUCCAGAAACCCCGUCAAGGGAAAGAGCUAGUCAUGUUCAUCCUAACCUCCCAGAUUAUGACGAUAUCUUUGCAAAGCUUGGGGCUCUUCGUGCUCCUAAAAACCGCUAAACCCUGCUCAUCCUCCUUCUGUUCAUAGAUUUUUUCCUCUGUCACAGAGAUCAGCCCCAUUCAUUCUUUCCUCUGAUAUUCUCACACAUUUACAGAUUGAAGUUGAUAUUGUUACACAUUUACUAAUUGAAGCAGUGGGGUGAUUCUUCUGCUUGUUAUAGAUUGGUUUUUUUUUUUGUCUAUUUUUUUAAACAACUAUUUGUGAAGCUAAAGAUUUUAUAAUAACAUUGGAAACGUUGUGACAAUAGAAAUAAAGUUUGUUUUUCUAAUUA